AUGAAGAAGCGAAUUAGCGCGAGCAUUGGCAGUUCUGCUACGGCACACCGACUGGUUGGUGGCUCUGUGUCCGGAGCCUCCCCGGCCCGUUCGCUCCUUCAGCCAUCCGCGCGUGCGUUCCACGUCUCCCCGGCCCACGCUGCCGCGACCGCGCAUGGUGGGUCAUCAUCAACCCAUCAGCAGCAGCCGCAGGGCGAAGGCGAGGUGGCGCGCAUGAACUUCUUCACAGCCGUCAACAACGCGCUGGACAUCGCCCUCGGCGCCGACCCCAAGGCCGUCAUCUUCGGCGAGGACGUGGCCUUUGGCGGCGUGUUCCGGUGCACCAUCAACCUGCGCGAGAAGUACGGCAACAGCCGCGUCUUCAACACGCCCCUCAGCGAGCAGGGCAUCGCCGGCUUCGCCAUCGGCAUGGCCGCCGUCGGCGCCACCCCCAUCGCCGAGAUGCAGUUCGCGGACUACAUUUUCCCCGCCUUUGAUCAGGCACGUGCGCUGGUGAACGAGGCGGCCAAAUACCGGUACCGAUCGGGCGGCCAGUUCGACGUGGCGGGUCUCACCGUCCGCACGCCGUGCGGUGCCGUCGGUCAUGGCGGCCACUACCACUCCCAGUCGCCCGAGGCCUACUUCUGCCACACGCCCGGCCUCAAGGUGGUGAUGCCCAGCACGCCCAAGGAGGCCAAGGGUCUGCUGCUGAGCAGCAUCCGCGACCCCAACCCGGUCAUCUUCCUCGAGCCCAAGAUCCUGUACCGGUCGGCCGUGGAGGACGUCCCGCUCGGCGACUACGAGCUGCCCCUGGGCAAGGCCCGCAUCGUGAAGGAGGGCUCCGACGUGACCGUGGUCGGCUGGGGCUCGCAGCUGCACGUGCUCACCGACGCCUGCGGCCUGGCCGAGAAGGAGGGCAUCUCGUGCGAGCUCAUCGAUCUCCGCACCCUCGCCCCCUGGGACGUCGACACUGUGGAGGCGUCGGUGAAGAAGACGGGCCGGCUGGUGGUGUCGCACGAGGCGCCCAAGACCGGCGGCUUCGCCGGCGAGAUCUGUUCGACGAUCCAGGAGCGGUGCUUCCUGCACCUCGAGUCGCCCAUCCGCCGCAUCUGCGGCUACGACACGCCGUUCCCGCUCGUCUUCGAGAAGUUCUAUGUGCCCGACAAGCUCAAGAACCUCGAGGCCAUCCGCAGCACCGUACACUUCUGA